CCCUUGGACAACAUCACAACAUCAAAGGUCUUGCAGACUAUUCCUUGGCUUGUAAACAAAUUCGCCCUCUUCAUCUGAGAAAGGAAGCUCGCAGACGGCAGAAAUGGCGAUGCAGACCGGGGUUUCAGCCUCCAAAGUGAUCGUUUUGGUCGGAGCAGGUCUGACUGGCUCAAUAGUAUUAAGGAGUGGACGGUUGUCUGAUUUAAUUUCUCAGCUUCAGGAGUUGAUGAAGGGAGUAAAUGAUGCUGAGACGUCACCUGGGAGGUAUGAUGCUGCUCUUCUAGCUGCUCAGAUUCGGCAGUUGGCACAAGACAUUAAAGAUUUAAGUAUCACAAGACCAGUCACCAUCUUCAACGGCGAUUCUUCCAAUAGAAGUUAUGCAUCUUACCUUCUUCCUGCUGCUGCACUUGGAGCAAUGGGGUAUUGCUACAUGAAGUGGAAGGGUUGGUCAUUCUCAGAUGUUAUGUUCGUUACUAAGAGUAAUAUGGCCAAUGCUGUUGCUUCUGUCUCAAAGCAAUUAGAGAAUGUAUCUGAUGCAUUGGCUUCAACAAAGAAGCAUUUAGCAAAGAGGCUGGAAACCUUGGAUUGGAAGCUGGAUGAGCAGAAAGAGACAUCAGAGCUGAUUGUAAAAGAUGUAAAGGAGGUGAAGGCUAAUCUAAAUCAAAUUGGAUAUGACAUAGAGUUUAUUCAUCAGAUGGUAUCUGGAUUGGAAGGCAAAAUUGAACUUCUUGAGAAUAACCAGGAUAUCACGAAUUCUGGUUUAUGGUACUUGUGCCAAGUCGCUGGGGAGGUCGAACGUGGUCCACAUCCUAAGCUUAUCGAGGAGGUUGGUGCUAAGCUAAUACAGCAUUCAAAAUUGAUUCCUGCAAAUAAUAAUUCAAUAAAGGGACUUCAGUUCAUUGCUGAAGCGGACAAAACAACAAAAGAGCAAGACCUUUUGGUAGGUGAUGAUGAUGCAAGUAAAGGAGACCCGCCCAAAGUUGUUUCUGCUAAUAAAAUCCAUAGGUCGUAUCGAGUUGGCUUGUCCAUGACUUCAAGUAUGUUGGGUGCCCAUAUGUGAUAGGACCACACUACUAUCUCAGCAUUUUUUGCCCUGAAAUGUGCAUAUAUUUCAUUGUUUCCUCCUCAAAGGUGAAGUCGUUUGAUGGUGAUUAUAUCUGUAGCAAACCAGUAUCAUUCAUAUUGUAUUGUACUGUACCCUCGUGUAAUCAUGGAAAUAAUAACAAAGAUUCAGCUACAGAUACAGCGUGUUAUUAAGGAAUUCAUUUUUUGAUGCAAAGGAAUUAUUGUUCAUCAGAAUCAGACGACCAU